AUGUCGCAAGCCACCAGCACUAAAUGUGCUUCGCGAUGGGUGACGCGCAUCAUCCCCAUCACCAUCACGGGCACAAGCGGCUAUGCCACCUACGUGAUUGUGGCCUACUUAGGCGUCGACUACCUAUACAGGACCAGGGGUGAGGUCGGCGCCGCAGUAUCGACCAUCACGAUUUACCUCUUCUUCUACCUCCUCACCAUCGCCACCUACCUACGAACUUUCAUUAAGAUCAAGAUGGAUCCAGGUCUGGUACCGCUCGGUCCUCAGGCCCAACAUCCGUCGAGGGAGUCGAACAAAAAACGCAGACGAAGGAAAGAGGGCGAUUUGGAAAGCCAGCCGUACUUCACCGGCCCCGACCAAGACCCAGACAGCCCUGGCCUGGAGACCUUUUACAGUAAAGACGUGUUUGUGUGCGAGAGCGACGGGCGGCCCAAGUGGUGCUCCGAAUGCCGCAACUGGAAGCCUGACCGGGCCCACCACUCGAGCGAGGUCGGACGAUGCGUGCGAAAGAUGGACCACUACUGCCCCUGGGUCGGCGGCAUGGUAUCGGAGACGUCCUUCAAGUUCUUCGCCCAGUUCACCUUUUACUGUACUCUGUACUGCGCGAUUGCCCUCGCCCAGGCAGCUUAUUGUCUUGCGUUGCAGGCGCGAGAUGGCACCGUCGACGGCAGGACCAUCUCUGGAGUUGCCAUCGCCGCCUUCUUUGGUCUCUUCACCUUCCUGAUGACAGCCACCUCAUGGCGCUUCAUCUUCCUUAACAUCACCAAUAUUGACGCCCUCCGCAAAUCGUGGGUGCACCAACUCGCAAUCAGGGUGCCUAACGGCACCCGUCCCGGCAAUCACGAUGGAACAAUCACAUACCCCUUACCGAAUUCCUCGCGGGAAGUGCAGACCUCCUCAAAUGCCACUGCGGAUAGCGAGACUCCGCGUGAUCGUCUCGCAACACGUACUUUUGCUAUCGUUAGGACGGAGCCAGACGAGAACCCAUGGGACCUCGGCUAUACUAGGAAUUGGAUCUCCGUCAUGGGGCAUAGCUGGCUGGAUUGGCUUCUGCCUAUACACGGGUCGCCGUGCACCAACCACGAGAGCAUGGAGAGCGACUACGAAAUGGGCUCUCUCAUACAGACACUCCGUGAAAGGCAUGGCCUGACUGAUCCCAACCAGCCCUCUCGCGAGAUGGAGAUGCAGGAGAUGCGGCCCGGUGACCAUUAA